CUUGACCUAACCUAUGCGCAAUCGAAAAUAAAAGAGGGGGCGCUUUUAAAAAAGCUAUUAAAAUGAAAUAAUAUUCUUUUCGAUUUUUUGAUUAUGUUAACGAAAUUUGAAACCAUCAUGAAAUUUUACUACCCAAGACAGUUUAGUUGGAUCGACUUCUAAUGAAACCCCAGUUGAAGUCCACCAUUGAACCGAGGUUAGACAUUGUCGGCGGGCCGGGUUCGUGAUUUGGCAAGAGUUCUUCAAUUCCUUGAUUCAUUUCGUUUCGUUGAUGUUGUUGUUAUUGAUAUUGUGAAAACAAUACCUAAAGUACUAGAAUGUAAUGGAUACAGAUUUUACUGAAUUUUUUAAUCAAAAUUGGUCGUCGUCCUCGUCGUCACAACAACAGCCGCCAUCUAGUGGCACAAAUUUAAACCACAAUGGCAAUGGAAUAAUAAAAAUUGAACCUUCAUCAUCGUCAUCAUCGUCGUUUAUUGAUCAUCCCAGUCAUCAUCAGCAACAUCAUCAUCAUCAUUUACAUCAACAGUUGACUGCUCAACAUCAACAUUAUCAAUUUUCUGCAACAUCUUCUGCAUCAUCAUCGACAAAUCCUGCCUUAAUCCUGCAACAUCAUCAACAACAACAUCAUCAUCAUCAUAAUCAUCAUAAUAACCAUCAUCAUCAUCAACCGCAACAAAAUGCAACACGUGCCUUGUUCAAUUCGCCGCAAUUCGCCGCCGCCACCGCUGGUCGAACGACCAGCAGUAGUUCAUCCACAAAUGGAAUUACCUCGACACAGCGGUCUAUCCCCUUGGACGUAAAAGCAGCCGCUGCAACAUCUUCAUCUGCCGCCGCAUCAUCGUCUUUAUCGUCUUCGGCGAAUAAUAAUAAAAGUUCGCCAAUGUCACCGGUUUCAAGUAGUGCUGCAGCAGCAGCUGCUGCUGCCCUACGCCUGCCCUUAGAUACGACGAUUUCAAGAAACUGCAGCAGUAAUAUGCAUCAUGCGUUGCAUUCGCAACAUAGCAGCAGUAGUAGUCAUCAUUCGUCGCCGCAUCAGCAGCAGCAACAUGCGCCGCCGCAGUCACAUCAUCAUUCGCAACAGCAUCAUGCGGUAGCUUCAGCUGCUCACUCGCUAGUUGCGGCGAUGCAUCAGCAACAACACCCGCAACAUGGCGCGCAUCAUCAUCAUCACCACCACCACCUGCCUCAUCAUCACCAUCAUCAUAAUCUGCAUGCGGGAUUUUUUGGAACUGCAUGUGGAAGUGGAUCGUGUUGCAGUUCAGCUGCUAUUAGCAGCACUGCCGGGGCAGCAAGUAGCAGUUGUGGGAAUAACAAUUGCGGGACCAGCUGCAGUAGCAAUAGCUCGUGCAGCAACAAGGCUUUAUGCCCGGCCUUUUCGGACUCUGUAGACAGUACAACGCCACCGCCGCCUUCUAGUUCGUCUUCUUCUUUAUUUAUUAGUAGUAAUGCGAUGGAUCAUGAUAAAAAGACUGCAAAUUCGAUAAGAGCCCAAAUCGAAAUAAUUCCAUGUAAGGUGUGUGGUGAUAAAUCAUCGGGUGUACAUUAUGGUGUUAUCACAUGUGAAGGCUGCAAAGGUUUCUUUCGUCGAUCUCAGAGUUCUGUUGUGAAUUAUCAAUGUCCACGUAAUAAACAAUGUGUCGUCGAUCGUGUUAAUCGAAAUCGAUGUCAGUAUUGCAGACUGCAAAAGUGCCUCAAAUUAGGAAUGAGUCGUGAUGCCGUAAAAUUCGGUCGAAUGUCGAAGAAACAACGUGAAAAAGUCGAAGACGAAGUGCGAUUUCAUCGAGCGCAAAUGCGUGCCCAAAGUGAUGCAGCCCCCGACAGUUCAGUGUUCGAUACACAAACGCCGUCUAGCAGUGAUCAAUUACAUCACAGUUACAAUGGCUAUGGAUAUUCAAGCAAUGAAGUUGGAUACGGAAGUCCGUAUGGCUAUUCAGCAUCAGUGACGCCUCAACAGACGAUGCCCUAUGAUAUUUCAGCGGACUAUGCCGUGGACAGUACAACAUAUGAGCCUGUGAGAAAUAUGAUUGACUCAGACUUUAUUGGUCACGCCGAUGGCGAUAUUAACGAAGUCCUGAUAAAGACAUUGGCGGAAGCUCAUGCAAACACAAAUACAAAAUUAGAAAUUGUGCAUGAAAUGUUCAGAAAGCCACAGGAUGUAACGCGAAUACUUUACUAUAAAAAUCUCGGCCAAGAGGAACUUUGGCUAGACUGCGCUGAAAAGCUAACACAAAUGAUACAAAACAUAAUCGAAUUUGCUAAACUGAUACCUGGUUUUAUGCGAUUAAGUCAGGACGAUCAGAUUCUUCUAUUAAAAACUGGAUCGUUUGAGUUAGCGAUCGUACGUAUGUCACGUCUGUUAGAUCUCUCACAGAAUGCCGUAUUAUACGGUGAUGUAAUGCUGCCGCAAGAAGCCUUUUACACUUCCGAUUCGUAUGAGAUGCGAUUAGUGUCGUGUAUCUUUGAGACAGCAAAAUCAAUUGCCGAAUUGAAACUGACUGAAACUGAAUUGGCUUUAUAUCAAAGUUUAGUGCUGUUGUGGCCGGAACGAAAUGGUGUUCGUGGAAAUACAGAAAUUCAGAGGCUAUUCAAUCUGAGUAUGAAUGCCAUUAGACAAGAGCUUGAAGCCAAUCAUGCACCAUUAAAGGGUGACGUUACAGUGCUGGAUACGCUGUUAAAUAAAAUACCAACCUUCCGUGAACUGUCAAUAAUGCACAUGGAUGCGCUGAGUAAAUUCAAACAAGAACACACAAAUCUAGUGUUUCCGGCAUUGUACAAAGAAUUAUUCUCAAUAGAUUCACCGCAAGACCUCACAUAACAGCAAGCCGUCGCCGCACCAACACCAACAACAGUAGCUGCAGCAGCAACAGCAACAUCCGUUGCAUCACCACAGGAUUAAACAAAUAAAAUAUAUAAAACAAAAGAAAAAAAAAACCAUUGCAAAUAUAUAAUUAAUUAAUAAAAAAAAAAUAUGAUAAUAAUACAAAAAUAAAUUAAAAACAAAAAAUUAAUACAAAUUAUAUUAUAACGAAAAAAAAAACGUUUAUACAUUUUUUUAAAAGUAAACAUAUUGUUUAAGUAUAAAUAAAAAACAAAAUACAAGCAGCGUUACCAACAAAGCAAGAAAAACAAAAAAAUAAUGUAAUAGUCUUAAAGAUUCUCAUUAAAACAAAAUUAACUCACGCAUACACGCAGUUUUUUGUCAAACAAAACAAAACUCAAGAAAAUAAAAAAAACAAAACAAAAAUAACCAUAGAACAAUAUAAACAGUUUUUAGCAAUAUUCUCUCUCAACAAAAAAUAAAGUAAAAAAAAAGAACAUACAUACAUUUAUAUAAACCCUCUUCCCCCAAAACAAAAAUAAAUAAAAUAAAAUAAACAGAGACUUAAAGAAAAACAAUGAAACUCACACACAAAAAAAUAUAUACGAAACAAAAAACAAAAAAUUAAAGUUAAAUUCUUGAGACUAACCAUUAAAUAUAAAGUAAAUAUAAACAAAAAAUGAUUUUGAUAAACAAAUAAAACAAAACAAAAAAAACUCUUUUUUAAAUUUAAUUUUUUUUUUCUCAUGCUUUAAUUAUUUUAUAAAAAUAACUCUAAAAUUAAAAGAAAAAAAUAAUAAAUAAAAUUAGUUUUUAAAACUAAAAAAUGUAGAUGAGAAUUUAAAAAAAGUAACACACAUACACACACUCUUACAACCCUCACACACAUGAGAGAAAUCGAGCAAAAAAAAAAUAAGAUCAUCAAAUUAAAAAUUAAAUUUAAAAAAAAAAAC